AUGGUGGUGGUGGGGCGGGCCAGGGCCUCCACCAGCCCUCAUGGUGGUGGUGGGGCGGGCCAGGGCCUCCACCAGCCCUCAUGGUGGUGGUGGGGCGGGCCAGGGGCUGCCUGGCUGCCAUUACACUGGGGUCCCCGGGCGGCGCCACGGACACCGUCUGAAAGGAAUACUUGUUUGGCCGCGGUGUCUGGUCGCCCGCACUACACGUCCUUCCCCUUAUUGACUCCUGCUGCCACCACACCUUCACGCCUCGCCUCCUCCCGCCCCUGCCACGCCUCGCCUCCUCCCGCCCCUGCCACGCCUCGCCUCCUCCCACCCCUGCCACGCCUCGCCUCCUCCCGCCCCUGCCACGCCUCGCCUCCUCCACCCCUGCCACGCCUCGCCUCCUCCCGCCCCUGCCACGCCACGCCUCCUGCCGCCCCUGCCACGCCUCGCCUCCUCCCACCCUGCCACGCCUCGCCUCCUCCCGCCCCUGCCACGCCUCGCCUCCUCCCGCCCCUGCCACGCCUCGCCUCCUCCGCCCCUGCCACGCCUCGCCUCCUCCCGCCCCUGCCACGCCUCGCCUCCUCCCCCCCCUGCCACGCCUCGCCUCCUCCCGCCCCUGCCACGCCUCGCCUCCUCCCACCCCUGCCACGCCUCGCCUCCUCCCGCCCCUGCCACGCCUCGCCUUCUCCCGCCCCUGCCACGCCUCGCCUCUUCCCGCCCCUGCCACGCCUCGCCUCCUCCCGCCCCUGCCACGCCUCGCCUCUCCCGCCCCUGCCACGCCUCGCCUCCUCCCGCCCCUGCCACGCCUCGCCUCCUCCCACCCCUGCCACGCCUCGCCUCCUCCCGCCCCUGCCACGCCUCGCCUCCUCCCGCCCUGCCACGCCUCGCCUCCUCCCGCCCCUGCCACGCCUCGCCUCCUCCCGCCCCUGCCACGCCACGCCCCCGUUGCUACCAUGGCAGGUGACAGUGAUUAUCCCUUACCAAUUGAGGAGCUCCAAACAAGCAGACAGUAAACAACAGAUGCGGCUCCUGCAAGAAUGCUAA